GCCGAGGAGGUCAUGAAGCUGUCUUACUUAAAAAUACAAUAUAUUUUAUGGGCGGCUCCCAUGCGAUACCAAAUGCAAGUCCAUUCAAAAGUUCUAUACGAGGUUAUAACUUGUCGAAUGAAAUUUUUUACUUGGAUCUUGCAUCACCAUUCUCUACAACAAGUCCACCGUACGUAGACCUUAGUGGGACUUCUGCGCGAUUGCAAUAUGGAAAUGAAAAAUCAACUGCCUUAGUUGGUGGACCUUCUAAUGAGGAAAUACAUCUUGUGGGAGGUGUACAACAAAAUCUCACCCUACUUGAUCAGAUAGAUCAUAAUGCAACAACAACUACAAAUCAAACAUUAAUGAUAAAUGAAUUGUUUAAAACUUGGAAUUCAACAAAUCAAACAAUUUUUAUUUACCGACCAACUGCACGAAUUUGGAUGAGUCCUGAGUCUGUCGCGAAUAUUGGUGCACCAACAAUUAGACGUAGAUCAACUUCAACGGUCAUAUCGAAAGGAAUUAUAUAUAUAUUUAGUGGACGAGCUGAAAUAGAUACGGGCUCGCCCACAUUUACUUGCUUUAACGAUCUAUACACUUAUGACACUGUUUUGUCAAGGUGGAAUAAGAUUGAUGCCAGUAAUGCUCCUACACCUCGAAGUCAUAGCGCAGCAGUAUUACUUCCAGAUGGUAAGAUCCUUUACAUCGGUGGUGUUAGUCAGACUACUCCUGGAGAAGAUGCAACACCAAUAGAUAUGAAAAUUAUCCCAGUAUUCGAUACCAAUUCUUCAACCUGGUCGACUGAACAAGCGGAAUUUGGGUCAACUUAUAUUCAACCUCGAACAGGCCAUUCGGCCACCUUGGCACCAGACAAUACGUCAAUUAUCAUAAUUGGCGGGACUUCAAGUUAUGUGCGGAAUGAAACCACAGCAAAACCAGUUAUGGUUUUGUUAGAUAUUUCAAAAAAACCUUAUACAUAUUCUGAACUAAAUGUCCCGGGCGCUUCGGGUGCUAAAGCACCACCAUUGGCCUAUCAUUCCGUAACUUCCUAUCAAAAUUAUAUGAUAGUUGCCUACGGAAAUAUUACUAACGAUGUGAGUCCAUCGGUUGAGACCAAUGG